CGGAUUUGUUGGCCGAGUCUUUCACUGGAAGGAGCAUUUACUCCCUAGUGGACUUAUACUCCGGCUAUGAUCAGUUCCCCAUAGAUCCUACUAGUCGACCUAUGACCGCCAUACACACGCCUAGAGGCCUCAUACAAAUGUGUGUUGUGCCUCAAGGGUGGACGAAUGGAGUCGCGGUUGUCCAACGAGAUAUGUUGAAGGUCAUGGAGGACAUAUGCCCAGAGGUCACGUUCCCAUACAUCGAUGACAAUCCAGUUAAAGGACCGAAGGAAAAGGAUGAGACCUUAGUGGAUGGUCGAGUUAGGCGGUUUGUGUGGGAACAUGCUCAGGGAGUGGCGAAAGUACUAGAAAGGUUGUUUAAGUACAAUCUAGCAGUUAGUGGACCGAAAUCACUACUAUUCCAAAGAGAGGUAACGAUUUUGGGUUUCAGGUGCUUCCUGGAAGGGAGAAGCCCCGAUCCUAAGAAGGUGGAUAAAAUCCUGAACUGGCCUAUGCCUCUAAGGACCGUGGGGGAAGUAAGGAGCUUCCUAGGGGUCUGUAGCUUUUGGCGGACCUUCAUUCCCGGAUUUGCCAGGAUAACCGAACCCCUUAGAGAAAUGGUGCGACAAGGAGCUAGCUUAGAGUGGUCUGACCAAAGAGAGCAGGUUGCCCGGACGCUUCAAGAUAAGUUAAGAGAUGGCGGGGUCGUACAAGGAGUACCCUACUUCGACGAUGAAAGGGAGAGGCCCUUCAUCAUUGAAGCCGACGGCGGCCCGAUAGCAUUAGGAGGAGUGCUUGUGCCGCGAGACGAGAAUGGUAAAGAAAGACCACUUAGAUUUGAGAGUCGCACUCUUAAUUCGGUUGAGAGAGGCUAUAUUCAGUUCAGGAAGGAGCUUCUGACAAUCCUGCACUGUCUCAGAGUGUUCAGACACUACAUUAUGGGACGAAGAUUCAUCUUAAGGACGGAUUCCACGACAGUAAUUGGGGCUGUUAAGAGACAUCAGCAAGUAGAUGCUACGGUCAGUAGGUGGAUAACUCAUAUAUGGACGUAUGAUUUUAUAUUAGAAAAGGUACCUACUGAUAAGAAUCGAGCUGAUGGGUUAAGCCGCGUGGAAUGGGGAUCGAUAAAUGAUGAAUCUCUUGAAGAGGCGCCUUUUGUUGACGAAUUCCUUAUGGGGGACGAUGAUGAAGGGUUACCUCCUGCUCCCAAUUGUUAUACGGCCUCAGCCAUGGCCACCAGUAGAGAAGACUGCUGGGGUGAAAAGGGAGAUCCCUACCUCCACUACCUUUUGAUUCAAGAGGAUGAGGAAGAAGGGUGGUAUGGGAUGGUAGAACAAGCCGCUGUUGUAGCCCAUGAGCUGGCAGAGAGUUCAAGGAUGGUUGAGCGAAGGCUGAAUGAGAUAGAGGAAGAGUCGGAAGACUCUGAGCAAGAUAAGGACGCUGAGGAGAGAUUUAAGAAGAAUGAGUAUGAUGGGGAAUAUAAAAGGAUCGGUAUGGUAAUGGGCAGUAAUCAGUUGGACGAAUUCUACCAUGAGAAAACAAAGAGAACCUUUAGGCUGCGUAGGGGUCACCUUUUUGUGGAUGCAAAGGAAGGACUACCGCCACUGAGAGUAGUGUGUGGUAAGGAAARGCAACUAGAGGUGAUCGCCGCACUGCAUGAAGGUCUAGCAGGGGGUCAUAGGGGUGCUGAUGCUACAUACUAUAAAGUAUCUCGACUAUAUCACUGGAUGGUCUAAGGGAUAUGGUUAUGAGAUAUUGUCAGUCAUGUGAAGCCUGUCAGAAAAGGUCGUCUAUGAGAUUGAUUGAACCCUUAUACCCCACUGUUCUUGUUGAACCUGGUAGUACGGUUCACCUUGAUCUAAUAACUAUGCCACCUGGUAAGGAUGGAAUGAAAUAUAUACUAAAUA